AUGAGGAUCUCGUCAAGAUCCCACACGUCGUGGCAUUGGUAUGCCGUCACCGGCGCACUACUACCCGGUUUGCUGGCCACUGCCAGCCCGGCGGUGAAUGUGGCUCUCCAGGCCUCGUUCGACUCGUCGCCGUAUCUCGUGGAACUAUUAGAAUCGGCCGCAGAGGAGAACGCAACAUCUUACUUUCCAUUGCUCGACCGUAUCGCUGACGGGGUCUUCGAGGACGCCGGAACCGAGAAGGAGCUCUACGACCGCUUCUUGCAGGUCGUGCAUGAAGAUGGACACCUUCGCACCCCCGAAAGCCUCUCCUCAUUCAAGCUAUCGCUUUCCGUUCGAUCAGCCGCACCCCGCAUUCAGGCGCACUACCAGUUUUACAAUACUUCGGUCCAACAUUCGCUGAUGGCUGCCCAGGAUGCGGCCUGUCCGGUCUGGGUCCACCACGAUGGACAGCAGUUUUGCUCAUCAGCAAUGGAGCGUGCACAACAACCUGUUGAGGGAGAACUGGACCCUAGGGAAUUACCGUUCGACCGCGUCUUCGGUGAUAUAUCGCUGCCUCCUGCCGUCCUUUACGCAGAUGUCUCAUCGCCUAUAUUCAAGGAAUUUCACGAACUAUUGACCGAAAUGGCAAAAGACGGACAUAUUUCGUAUCGCGUGCGGUAUCGUCCCCCUCAACACUGGAUCUCUCGCCCUCUAUUUGUUCCUGGAUAUGGUGUGGAGCUUGCUUUGAAGCGGACGGAUUAUAUCGUCAUUGAUGACCGGGAUGCUGAGCAGCGUGGCGAGGAUGCGAAGGAAAGGCCAUCAAGCGGCUCACAAGACCUGAAGGAGGAUUCUCCAGAUGACUUGCGGCCUCUUUCCUCGUCCGAACUGUCUAGACUGGGCUGGAAUUCUGCAGGUUUCGUGAUGGACAGUGAACAUCCUCUGAGCACUUUGAUGAAGCUCUCUCAGAACUUUCCAAAGUAUUCGUCCAUCGUUGCUGCUCAUAACGCUACCGUGAACCUGAAGCAAGAAGUUCGUGCGAACCGGGCAAGAAUGAUCCCGCCUGGCUACAAUGUUAUGUGGAUAAACGGCGUUCAGCUUGAUUCGCGGCAGAUCGAUGCCUUUUCCAUCCUAGACCAUCUCCGUCGGGAGAGGACAUUGAUCGAAAAAUUCCGAGACUUGGGUCUGUCUGCUCAGGAUACCGUGAAACUUCUGUCUCACCCCCUCCUCGCCGAAUCGCAUGCAGAUGAUGAAACGCAGCGAUAUGAUUAUCGUGAUGAGCUGGAGGGCAGUGAGGUCAUCAUUUGGAUGAAUGACCUCGAGAAAGACUCUAGGUACCAGGCCUGGCCGAGUGAUCUUGAAUCGUUUAUCUCGAGCGGGUACCCAGGACAACUGCCCCCCGUGAGCCGGGACUUGCAUAACGUCAUCGUGCCUGUCGAUCUAUCCAAGCCCGACGAUAUGAUUUUGAUUGCCAAGCAAUUCCAGAUCUUUAUCAAGCGCCUGAUUCCUGUAAGGUUCGGUUUGGUGCCUACGGCCUCUUCGCCUGAGUCUACCGCUCAGCUGAAGGUGGCACACUAUCUCCAAGAGACUUAUGGACUUGCAUCUCUCAUUCAAUACCUGGAACAGUCGGCUUCAAAGCUGAAGGGUGGUAACCCGGAAAAAUCAGCUUUCAUGGCUGCAACUAAAGAUCGAGAUGCUCGUGUCGACAAGGAAGUCUUGUCUCUUGAGGAGGUGCUGGAGAGUAAGCGCUACGCUGAAAUAGCUUCCUCUACAACGGACUACCAGCGCCGACUGAGCUUGACUGGCGAAGAAGCCCAGUUCCUGGUCAAUGGUAUUCCGAUCUCACGCGAGGGGAAUUGGAUGCAGGAGCUGAGUAUGAACAUUGGGAGAGACCUGAAAUUGAUCCAACAAGCUAUAAUGCAGGGCGUCUUUGAAGCAGAUGCCUGGCUGCCGGAAUUUUUCCUGGCAGCAUCUCUUGAAAGACGUAACUCUUUCCUAAUGCCCGAAGAUCCGAAGAAUGUCAAGAUUGUUGACCUUGCCGGUGUAUUUGGUUCGGAACCGGAAGAUUUGGAGGCAAUUCCUCGGAUCAUUUCAGAGAAGACUGUCCUUGAGAGUAUCCAUAUCAUUGUCGUGGGCGACUUUGAGACGGAGGAAGGCCUGAAACUACUGGCUGAUACCCUUAUUCUCCGAAAGGAGCAUAAUGAGUUGGAGAUAGUACUGCUGCACAAUGGCGCUUCUGAUCAAAACGUCUCCAAUCUUGGCAAAGUCCAACGUGCGCUUGCACAGGAAAAGGACAUUGAUCAAAUUCUCGAUAUCCUUGACUCUCCGGACCCGGAGACCUUAGAGUCGGGAAAUACAGAGAUCUUUGCCUUUCAUCGACGCCUCGUUGAGAAGCUUGGAUUUGAGCCCGGUGUCCAAGGGCUUGUUGUCAAUGGCCGAACAGUUGGCCCCAUUCAGGAGGAUUCUAUCUCAAGCAUCAACGAACUUAGCCAGCUGGUGACCUACGAAUGGACCAAGCGUAUUUUUCCUGUUGCGAAAGUGGCUGAGAAUCUAGGGUUGGAUGCUAAGCUAUCCGCGCCUCUUGAUCUUGCCAAACUCACAUCGCUUGUUGCACUUUCCACCAUUUCUGAUGUGCCUGAAGGAAUCUUUGAGUCUUCACCAGACUUCAGACUCAGUGUCUCUGAUAAUUGGAAGACGGACCACUCCGUGAUAACCAUUUCUAACUCCGAAGACCCUGCUAUUAAUAUUGCUACGGUCCUUGAUCCAGCUUCUGAGGCGGCCCAGAGAUGGGUGCCCGUUCUGAAGGUUAUCUCUGAACUGGCUGGCGUGCAGAUCAAAAUACUGUUGAAUCCGAAGGAGGAUCUCCAGGAGCUUCCAGUUAAGCGAUUCUACCGCUAUGUGCUUGAAUCGGAGCCCUCGUUCAACAGCGACGGUUCUCUGUCUCGACCUCAAGCAUCAUUUACCGGCGUGCCCGUUGAAGCACUGCUCACCCUGGGCAUGGACGUGCCCUCAUCCUGGCUUGUGGCACCAAAAGAAACUGUUUAUGACCCAGACAACAUCAAAUUGAGCUCGCUUAAGUCUGGCUCCGACCUUGAUGCGGUCUACGCUUUGGAGCACAUCUUGAUCGAGGGCCACUCUCGCGAUCUGACCACCAAGUCUCCACCACGAGGAGUGCAGCUCGUUUUGGGCACAGAGAAAAAUCCUCAUUUUGCUGACACCAUCAUUAUGGCCAAUCUGGGAUACUUCCAAUUCAAGGCACAACCUGGCAUGUGGCAGAUAAACCUAAAGCCCGGUCGGAGCGAGAAGCUUUACAAGAUCAAUAGUGUUGGCGGUCUGGGCUAUCACCCCCAGCCCGGCGACGAGAACAAUGAGGUCACUCUGCUGUCCUUCCAAGGCCGAACGCUCUUCCCGCGCCUGUCCCGCAAACCUGGCUAUGAGACCGAGGAUGUCUUGGAAACCGGACCUCAAUCCGGCUCAACAAUGGAUUUCGUGUCCAAGGGCCUCAACUUUGCAUCAGGUGUACUCUCAAGUGUAGGGGUGGGCUCAAAGGGCGAGCAACACGCAGACAUCAACAUCUUCUCCGUCGCCAGUGGCCACCUCUACGAGCGCAUGCUUAACAUCAUGAUGGUUUCCGUCAUGCGCAAUACCAAGCACACCGUCAAAUUCUGGUUCAUCGAGCAAUUUCUCUCUCCCUCUUUCCGCUCCUUCCUCCCCCAUCUUGCCCGCGAAUAUGGUUUCUCUUACGAGAUGGUCACCUACAAAUGGCCACACUGGCUUCGUGGUCAGCGUGAGAAGCAGCGUGAAAUCUGGGGCUACAAAAUGCUAUUCCUGGACGUCCUUUUCCCGCUUUCCCUGGACAAAGUCAUUUUCGUCGAUGCAGACCAGAUUGUUCGCACAGAUAUGUACGAUCUGGUCACGCAUGAUCUCGAAGGCGCGCCAUAUGGCUUCACGCCCAUGGGCGACUCCCGCACCGAGAUGGAGGGCUUCCGCUUCUGGAAGCAGGGAUACUGGAGCACGUUCCUCCGUGGCAAACCCUACCACAUCUCGGCGCUGUACGUUGUCGACUUGAACCGCUUCCGUGCACUUGCUGCCGGUGACCGGCUUCGUGGUCAGUACCAGAUGCUCUCGGCCGACCCCAAUAGUCUCAGCAAUCUGGACCAGGAUCUGCCCAAUCAUAUGCAGCAUCAUCUCCCUAUCCACAGUUUGCCGCAGGAGUGGUUGUGGUGUGAGACGUGGUGUUCUGAUGAAGAUCUGGCAUCUGCACGCACCAUCGACCUCUGCAACAAUCCCCAGACGAAGGAGCCGAAGUUGGCUCGUGCCCGGAGACAGGUUCCUGAGUGGACUGUGUACGACGAUGAGAUUGCUGCGUUGGCGAAGCGUGUUGCUAGUGAGCAAAUUGGGUUUGUGCGAACUGGUGAAGAUGCCGAACCCAAGGAGAAUGACGAUGUCGCCGCCGAAGACAACAGUGGUGAAGACGGUACGGACAGUGGCCGCAAGGACGAACUAUAG